AUGGCGCUACACGUCGUGCUCGGUGGGCUGCUGGCCCUGUGGGCGCUGCGCUACGUGGUGCCGCGGCGAGGCCGGCGCGUGGCCAAGCUGCCUGCGGCAGAUGAGCACGUAGUGAUUCUCGGCGCAUCGACGCUCGAUGGCCUGGGCGCCGCGCUGCUGCAGCAGUACCUGCUGCGGGGCACGGAGCACCUGAUGAUCGUGGGGCGCCGUCUCGAUGGCCUGGAGCAGGUGCGCGAUCGCAUGCUGGCGCAGACGGCUGGGCGCCGCAGUGUGCGCGCGCAUGUCGAGAUUGUGCAGGCCGAGCUGACGAGCAGUGCCGACGUCGCCGCGCUGCGCGACCGCCUCCUGCAGCAGUGGGGCAGGCUCGACACGCUGCACGUCGUGUUUGGCGUGACGUCCAUCCUGCCGAUCCUCGGCGUGGCGGACGUCGAUCCGUGCGGCGUGAAUGCGAGUGGCGCUGCGAGCACGGACGUGCAUCCCACGCGCGACGGCCUCGAUCGCAUCGCGACGACUGUGCGGCAGAGCAGCGACGGCAACCUGACGGGCACGGCCAUGGUGCUGGGCGCGCUCGUGCCUAUUCUGCAGACGACGUCCGCGCACCCCGCCGUCGCGGUGAUCGGCUCCGUGGCCGGCCUCGUGCCCGCGCCGACGCGCGCCGUGUACUGUGCGACGAAAGCAUCGCAGCACUUUUUGGUGCGGUCCAUCGAGCUCGAGUGCGAGUCGCAGGCAGGUACGCCGGUGCCUGGUACGCAGCGGCGGCGCGCGCGCGUGCCGUUCCUGCUCGUCGCGCCGGGCCCCAUCCAGAACUCGUUCGUGGCUUCGUACGCGGUCGAUGCGCGCACGGGUCCACGCGACGACCGCGAGCACGCCCUGGAUGUGCACGACGUGGUCCGCGCGACACUGGCGCGGCUCGAUCAUGCGCAGUGGGGCACGCUCGUGCUGCCGGCGCGCGCCUAUGUGGCGUCGCUCUUGGCGCAGGUGAACGCGACGCGCGGCUGGAUUGGGCGCGUGGCGCAUCGCAUGUACAACUACUAG